GCAAGGUGCACCAAAACUCUCGAGAAGCCUCUGCCAUAUUUAGCAGAGAAACUGUCUAAAAAUAACAGCUAUAUUGCGGAGGCGACUAGAACCCGUAGCCACAAGUUGAGCAAUAAAACAUCGGCUAAUAUAGACUUUCCUUCAGUUUUCUUCUCUUCGUCAAGGUGAAGGCUGUGUAGUGUAAGAUUGGCAACAGUUAUUAAUGGCCCUUCAAAUCUCCUUCUCCGUCUUGGCGCUUACUUUUCUUCUUGGCGUUGCUUCUGCUACUGAUGAGCUUAGUGCAAUUGAGUUCAGUUAUUCUGGCAACAAUGGCCCCGCCAAGUGGGGAAAUUUGGAUCCAACGUUCUCGGCAUGCUCAUCAGGGAAAAAGCAGUCUCCUAUUAACAUUCAGAAGAAUCAGACAGUCCCCAACAGAUCCUUGAAACCUUUAGACAGGAAUUAUAAGCCUGCAAAUGCUACCCUCGUUAACAAUGGCUUCAAUGUUGGGUUGCGUUUCGAGGAAUAUGCUGGAGAGUUAUCUAUAGAUGGCAAAAACUACUUGCUCAAACAAAUGCACUGGCAUUUACCUUCGGAGCACCGAAUUGAUGGACAACAAUUUGCUGCUGAGCUUCAUUUGGUACACCGCGCAGAAGAUAACAGCCUUGCAGUUGUAGCAAUACUCUACUUAGAAGAUGAUGCCGAUCCAUUUAUCUCUAAGCUUAAGGAUGGGUUGGAUAAGUUGGCCAAGGAGCAUUGCAAAGCAGAUGAAAUAGCUGAAAUUCCCAUUGGUACCAUGGAUCCCAAGCAAUUGAAGCGAAGUAGCCGCAAGUACUAUAGAUAUGUUGGUUCUCUUACCACUCCUCCAUGCUCGGAGAGUGUCACAUGGAGCAUCCUCGGAAAGGUGAGAUCGAUUUCCAAAGAGCAGAUAGCCGCUCUGCAAACUCCGGUGAAGUCAGAUUGUAAGAAAAACGCAAGGCCUUGUCAGGCAAUGAAUGGCCGAAAGGUUGAGCUUUAUAAUGAGCUUUUUGAAUGAAAUCAUCGUCGGUGAAAUUGGGUACAAACAGGGGGGAAAUAAGCUUGUGUUUUAUCAUGUGACGCAUUUUACAAAGUCUUUAGCCUGCAUUACACUUUUCUCCUUUUGAAAUGGAUGAUAGACGAACAAUAUUCGCCUUCUUGUUAUUCGUUCUUAUCAACUUUUACACUGAAUGAUCGUA